AUGUAGAAAUAUAAGAAAAAUUAAUCAAAAUAAACACAAUUUAUUUUACGCUCAGUUAGUAAUCUAUCCGAUAUAGCAUUAACUAAUUUGAGAGUUAAAAUUGCACCAAGAUAAUUUGGGCUCCAAAAUUUUUAAAAAAGAAAAACAUCUAAAUGAAUUGGGAAACAUUUUUAUUCACAAUAAUAAUAAAUCGUAUAUUUGGGUUGAUUAGAGAAAUAAUAUACAACAAGUCAAAAUUUUGAAAAUUAAAUUAGCCUAUUUUUAGAAAUAAUUUGAUAAGUAAAAAAGGAAGUAAGGAAUUCAAAGUAGAUGGUAGCAUAAAUAGAUUGGGAAAGAAACAUUAAAAAAUGAUAAAC